AUGCAAUUCUCCAAGAUCACUCUGGCCAUCGUCCUCUACGCCUUGGGCACCGCAGCCCUUCCUACCGCCAGCAGAUGUGCCGGCGCCCCCGGCCGAGAUGUUGCAGCCACCCGAGGCGCUAAACUUCAGGCCCGCGAAGAGGACAAGCCUACUCCCCAGUAUCGCUGCGACAAAUGCGAGAAAGAGUUUGUCAAAGGCAAUGACUUUUUCAACCACGGAGGCAGGGGCCACUGCAAGAUGUCAGGAUACUAG